AUGCUAGACUUAGGGGACAGAGUCGUAGGGCAAGAUACUCGGCAAAGGGGGUACCCUCUCCCACCCCUUGUAGGGGUGAUUGAAGUAAUCCAUGUUGCCCCGGAGAAGCUCAUUGUAGGAAGGAGGAAAGGAGUGCUGACAGUAGUACCGGUAGAGGGUAGCCUGGAUCUACAGUCGCCGGGUAAAAAGAUGAAAUUUGCACGGGAGCCCAUCUCAUUCGACGAUGACGAUUUAGAGGGGACGAUCCAACCACAUGAUGAUGCAUUAGUGGUCACGGCCCGGAUAAACGGCUUCUUAGUAAAAAGGGUGAUGAUAGACCAGGGAAGCGGGGCCGACGUAAUGUACCCUGAUCUGUUCAAGGAACUCGAGCUAAGGAAGGAGGACCUGAUGAACCACACUUCACCUUUAGUUGGGUUCAACGGCAAAGUAGUGAUUCCUGAGGGGCAAAUUUCUCUUCCCGUGAUUAUGGGAGGGAAAGAGGUGGCAGUGACAUUCACAAUAGUAAGUUCAUUUUCCCCGUAUACUGCCAUUUUGGGAAGACCGUGGAUCCAUUCAAUGAGGGUUGUCCCAUCAACACUACAUGUAAAGAUUAAGUUCCUAACUGAGCAAGGUCUCACCAUGAUAAGAGGAGACCAGCAAAUGGCCAGACAGUGUCUUACCGCCGUAGUGAAUUGGAAGCAAGGGAAUUAG